AUGACCGCGAACAAAACUCUGUCACCCAGUUUGACCCCGCAGCCUUGCCAGCGUAUGCUCCUUUCUUCCUCUUUUUGCCGUCGCACACCGUGUAUAGAUAAGCCAGUCUAUCUGGUUCCGGUAUAUAGGGCUCUUCCUAGCUCUUCUCUCCUUUAUACAGUAUUUGAGUAUGUAGAAUACAUUGAAAGCGAUGUAAUGAGCUCGAUGCUCCUACAAGUCAGAGCACCAACCAGCAUCCCUCUCUUUCCUCCGCUUGUCCGCGCUGGACGUUUCUCAUGAUGUGUGUUUGUCUAGCAAAAUGCUAUUCUCAUGACUGCUGAGCAACGCAAAUAUACAGUCUGUAGAGUUUUUUUUUUUUUUUUUUUUGAUUGGAAGUUACAGUGGUUCCUACACUUAAAAAAGGCUGAUAGAAAUAAUUUGACAAAAAGUAGGCGAGUACUAAAAUGGAGUCUGUAGAUAGUCUCUCUAUACUCUCGAUUGAAACAACGCUUACGGAUGUGCUACAGGUGUCCUGUCGAGGUUUGUUAUUAACUAGAAUGUAAGCUAAAGGAGAACAUCCAGCAAAUACACAAUUCAAGCAAGAAACAUC